CGGCAUCAAGCUGCGUUCUCCAUACCAGACUUUCGAGAGCAUGACCAACUUUCCACCUCAUCCGACGAGACUUCACGGAUGACCCCCAACCUGCAGCCGGAAUGAAAAACCAGGACGUCACACAGACUUUGGUUGAGUCUUUCAACGCUCUUGCAGAUGAGGUGCAGAAUUUGAGCGAUAGGCAAACUGUGCUGGAGCAUAAGUUGCGAUACGCUCACGAACAGUUCCAAUACUUUGCCGACCGAUAUGCACCUGGUGCAGCCCAGGAGAUAUCAGAGACUCUGGUGAACCUGCAGCUUCCUCCUGAGGCGCAUAAUCAAUCUCUUGCCAAUACGAACGUGGUCCCACUUCCCCGACGGAAGUCGUCCGACUCGAAACAUCAAAUUGCUUUGAUCAUCCGGGAAGGAAGACGUGCGGCAUCAUCACUCACAGACUUCAGCAAGAGCAGUCGGUCCAGCCGAGACACUCUUUCCCGAACGACCUUGACGACAAUGUCUACCAUCCUUGAACAAGAUUUUACAGUGGAGGGGAAGAAGAAAGGAACGCUCGGCUGUCCGUUCACCCGACCAGCUUCGGAAGCAGGCGAUGAGCAGAGCGGCAGCCAGGCUAAAACCCCAGACCCCAGACCUCACCAGUCGUCAGACCCUAUUUGUGCUGCCAUGUUGGAGGAUACAGGUUCGCAGCAAGCGCCUUCGGCUAAUGGUACCUCGAAAUGCCCAAUCCGCUACAUGGACCAGCACUCACCCGAAGAAAUCGCACACUACCUAGAAACACACAAGCAUGAGCUGCCACGUAGCCACGAAGUGUGUGUCCGAAGAUACCAGAAGAACGAAGACCACAUCAGGAAGCUGGAUGCGAAGUAUGGCAACUUGGUCAACAUGGUGGAAGGGUUGGGCCGCAUCCAUCAACCCAUGCUGCCCGAGCAGGACACUCAACCGCAGAGCAGUUUGGAGAAGGGAUCGCAUGACCGAGUGGAAACUUGGGCGCAGACUGUCAGUGCGAACGCUACCAACGACCCCGACCAGGCUGAGUUGAUAGCCGAGCAGCGCGACGAGGACGACGAACGUCAAAGCCACUUCGAUCGGCCACUGAAAGAAGUACGCGUAGGCGAAUCCCCAAGCAGGCCGUGGGGAAUUCCUAUACCAAUAUACGGCUCGCCUUCUAUGAAUGGCGAGGAGCACGGGCGGCCCGAAUCACCACCCCCUGCACCGGUGUAUAUGCCUUCUUCCACUUCACGGUCUGGACACCCGGAGACGCCAGCCAAGACGGGGAAAUGCCCUUUCGACCACACGAAAAUGCAGUUGAACGGGUCCAAUCCCGCUAUGCCGAAGACGGAGGAGAAGGGUUCUACUCGACUGGGCGAUGCUCGCAGCAACCAGCCCUUCACUCCCGCUACGCUGGCCCACCACGCCCCUCUUCCGCCGGGAACUACACCAGGGCAGCCCACAUUCAUCAACGCGGCCGACGUACCGCGCGGCAAAGGCACAAACCCGCCGGCGAUGCUGUUCACAGGCCCGGUCUUCAUAGGGUAUCCCAUUGAGCAGGCAAUUCAAUUUAUGCAGCAAUUCCAAGGACAGCAGUGAGAGCCCCGCUGGUACGACAUCAGGGGCCUUGUGAGCAAGUGGCUCUGGUUUUAGGUGUUUUAAGCGAGGGAUGCAUUUGAGGAGUUUCAGUGUUGUAUUGUUAUUUAUGAACUUGAGCAAUCAUUAGGAUCGGCGUUGGCGUUGGCGUGGUACCACUACUCCUUUUGGACUAUUUGCUGAGUAACGAUACCCUUCGACUUUGUUUUUGUAAAUAUAUUGUUUGAGAUCGUAUACAGGCACAUUUCACUGUCAUAUUUUCCCUUAUGGGGGUCCACUGAUUCGCCACUGUCUGAGCAUCUCUCAUUUGUCACAGGGCCAACACUUAGGGACGUAUUAGAGUAGAAAAAGUGAUAUUCCAGCACAGUAUAGAGCC